AUGAGGGCAAGGCUCCCCAGCACUGGGGGGAGGGGCUGCCAGGUGCUUGUCUAUUCCACUGUAGCUUUGACAGGAAAGUCGUUGUGCCUGCCGGCGAGCGGGUCCCCCUGGGCAGCGCCCUUCUGGCAGCUUUUAGAGCCUGUUUAUGAAGAUAAGCCAGCCCAGAGAGCAGAGCCCUCUGAAGGAACCGACGUCCUCACCUUAACUGAUGCCCUUCAUUUACCUGCUGCUGUACCUGAAGUUCCCACCUCACCAAAACAUGAAUUUCCUGCAGACUGGAGUAUUAAAACACGACUUCUAUUUAUGUCUUCCAAACCGUUUACCUGGGCAGAACAUUUAAAAGCACAAGAGGAAGCUCAAGGAUUUGCUCAGCAUUGUAGAGCUACAGAAACAAACUUGCCACAGAGCAUACAGGAACCAAAGCUGUCGACAGAACUGCGUUGUGCCUUUCAGCAAAGCCUCGUCUACUGGCUUCACCCUUCACUGCCAUGGCUGCAGCUGUUCCCUCGGAUUGGAGCAGAUAGGAAAAUAGUUGGAAAGGCUAGUCCUUGGUCACAGGAUGAAGCCUUGCAACAAGCACUAAUGAGCGACUGGUCUGUCAGCUUUACUUCGCUGUACAAUCUGCUCAAAGCCCAGCUGUGUCCCUACUUCUAUGUAUGUACCUACCAGUUUACUGUCCUGUUCCGUGCAGCCAGUCUUGCGGGAAGUGAUGUUAUCACAGCUGUAGUUUCUCCCACGACUAGAGGUUUAAGGGAAGCCAUGAGAAGUGAAGGCAUACAGUUUUCUUUACCUUUGGUAGAAGAAAGUAGAACCAGGAAACAAAAAAACUCUGAAGUGAAUUUGGAAACAGAAGUUGCUAAAAGCCUCGAAGUGCACAACAGCAUGGAAGAGGGAGAGGAACCAGCUCCAAGUGAUGAUGAUGAUGAUGAAAGUUUCUCCUGGCUUGAGGAGAUGGGAGUCAAAGACAAGGUUAAGAAACCAGAUGCUAUUUCUAUUAAACUUCGUAAGGAGAAGCAUGAGGUACAGAUGGAUCACAAACCCGAAUCCCUCGUGUUAGUGAAAGGAACAAACACAUUCACCUUGCUGAACUUCUUGAUAAACUGUAAGAGUCUAGUGGCUGUUGCAGGUCCACAAGCAGGGCUUCCACCAACUUUACUGUCCCCUGUUGCUUUCCGAGGUGGAACAAUGCAGACGCUCAAAGCUCGCAGUCUAAAUGCCAAAGCCAGGGUUCACUUGGCCUACGAGGAUAUAUUCAGUCUGGAGAUCGUAGGCCCCAUCCUGCCUCACUCCCUGCAUUCACUGACGAUGCUGCUCAAGGCCGCGCAGGGGGGAGCAUUCUCUGCUAUAUUAUAUACCCAUGAGCCCACUGCCGUGUUUAACACUAAUCUUGACGCUGCAAGCCCUGCCUCAAAUAAGGAAGCUGUAUGCAAAGAUCUUUCUACAUGUGGACUGCAUCCUAAGACACUGGAUCAACUGAGUCAGUGUCCAACAUUGGGAAAAUCUUCCAUCCGAUUUCUGGAAAUGAAGGAUUAUGCUUAUACCUGGAAGUCCUAGGUAUGCUAGUGCCAUUGACUGGAAAAGAACGUGUAGUUGCUGUACUCAUCUGGGUCUACACAGGUGGCACCUGUGCAUCACCAGGAGGGAUAUAGUCUAGUUGAACAUCACCUAUCAUUCAAAGGACUUUUGAGGGAAAUUAAGGAAGAGGUCUUUUGUAUUUUAGAAAGCCUUUUUUAAAUAAAACUUGAUAAAACAUGAUUAUUUUAUUGGUCUGAACUGCAUCUGGAAGGUCAGUAUUCUUCAUGCACAUGCAAACUCUAUUGUAAAGUUCAGAAUUUCUGCCACUGCUCUGUACAGUACCUCAUAACCAUUCUGGAGGGGUGGAAUUCUUAGUAAAAAGCUUUCCAAGACUGCUUACAGGAGCUUGACAGCUACACCUUGGUAUGUUGCACCUCUUGGUUUGGAGUCAGUUCUGAACACCACAAAGCCACAUAUGAAGUCAGAUGGCCACAGGCACAGAGUUCUAGCUGCAGCUGAAUCAGAUUAAAGGUUAAGAUUUGUCAGAAUGCUCAGCGUGGCUGUAGUAUUCCCAUACCCACUUACAUUAAAAGGAGCUGGACUGUUAGCAGCAAUUUAUACAAAGCAUAACCUGAAUCAGAACAAGCUGCACCAAUAAAACUGGACAGAGAAAAUGAGAGGAAGGACGCAGCUGCUGCUCUGACUAUGUUCAUAGUAAGAGUAGAAUUUAUUCACAGGUUUCAUACAAUCUGUUUCACUGCAGGUAGACUAAACCAAAGCUGGUAUUUGGAGGUGUGUAGGUCACUUUUCACCCAGUUACGGGGUGAUCAGAUGCCUACAGCAGAUUAUACUAAAGCUAGAGAGCAAGAUCUAGAAGAGUCAUGCCUAUGCCCUCCCACAAGAUUCCUAAUGCAGCCGCUAUUUUACACAGAAAAUAAAGCAGUGCUCAUGCCCCAUGGUCAGCUGCCCUCAUCUUUACUACAGUGCGGUUCAGCUCACCAUCUCUGUAGCGCUCUCUGAUUCUGAAACAGUAACAUUAGACUGGAGCCCUGACCUACUUGAGGAAAGAACCUGUACACUUUAAAAUGUGGGCACUUAUUGCAGAUUGAGGCAGGAUGAAAGCUUCCUGUGCCAUCCAGUUACUUUGAUCAUCACUGCUUGAAGGAUCCUACCCUGAGAAGACGGUAUGUAUACAGUUACCCUGGAAAACUUUCUAUUUGUUACCUUACAGUAACUGCCUUGACACUCAGCUCAGUGCUACUGUGAAGAACACAGCAUCUUGAAAAACCUAGGUAAAGUCACUCUCUUAUGAUGGAAAAGGCAUCUUUGAAUAUUACUUUGAUUAAUGUCAAAUACUUUUUCUGGUGGAGUUCAGAGUAGUACAAUCAAUCUUUACGCUUGUCCCUAACUAAUCUAGAAGCAAAUUACAGAACUUUUCCUCCUUUUGCCCUUCCAUCAGACACCAAGUGAAAAUCUAGUGCUACUGGCAGCAUGGGAAAGAGCAGAAAAUGGGGUUUCUAAAGGGGGUGGUGUGUUUAACUACACUUCCAUUUCCAGUCACUCUUCAUUUGAGAUUAAGUUAACUCAGUGCCAUCACGAUCUGGUUUGCCUGCCUCCACCAGCCAUAGCCUCUGCCACCGGGCACCAUAGUCCGCUGAAUCCGCACACCAGCCCAGCUGUAGGGCACCAGCAGCGGUUCUCACAGCCACCAUGUUCCGGUGUGCCCAGCCGCAUGCUGCCUCCCCUGCUGUCACACGGGUGAGCUCUUGGGAAAGCUGCUCAUCACCUCAGAGCCCACUGCCCAGUCUCCAAACAGGUGGCACCUUCCCAGCAUGUACUAGAGGAACUGGCCUCCUUCCAGAGUGUGUUAGCACAUGGAAGAAGUUACUGGAAACAAUAGGAAAAAGCAAUUCUGUAGCUGCCUCCAUGGGAAAGCAAUUUUAAUCGAGCCAAUAACCAUUCUGGUAUGUGGCCUUGAGCCUGUUUCUAGGAAAUAUAGUCAUUAAUUUCAGUUCAUUUGUAUUUUCACAUCUAGCAUGUGAGUUACAGCAAGAUGCUAACACCAAUUUUUAAAAAUCUGACUUGCAAUUACAUUCGUGUAGUCUAGAACUGCGUCAUUUCAAAUAUUUACCACAAAACUUUAGCACAAGCACUGCACCAUUACUGGAGCUGUAGCUCCUCAUCAAUACUGUAAAGUGUUGGUUUUAAAGCCAUAGCUUUGCCUGUAAUUUCAUCAGCAUAUUCCAGUUGCUUACAGCUCUGGGAUUCAGUGGUGUUCUUGAAGCACACUUGGCUCCAAUGAACCUUUCCCAUAAAAAAAGUUAACAGCAUUAUGCUACCCCGUCUGCUGCUUUCCACCUGAAGGUAUUUUCAGUAAAUACUACCAUAAUUCCAGAUGCUUGUAGAGCAGUAUGAUUUAUUUAGCCUAUCCAAAUGGGUGAAUUUUAUCACAACUGUGAUUUAUUUGGGAGAGUUAGGAACUGAAGCAGUUGGCUCCGACUUCGUAUAGUUCUUGCACCUGAAGAGGCAAUUUUACAUUUCCCAAGGCACAGGAACUUAACCUUCCUGCUCCCCCAGUCCUAAAUAUUUAAAAACUACAAUUAGAAGAUUGCCAAGAAAUCGUUCUGGUGGAAGCUGGCUACGAGUUCUUGGGCACCUGUUUCAAAAUGCUCCCCGCCACAGGGAUGUCAGAAGCGCUUUCACCGAGAUUACUUCUAGGAAGAUAAUUGUGUAGAGCAAAAGGAAAUCCAACAGCCAAACAGAUCAUGUCUUCCAUCAGCAGGAGUCACAGACUAUUCACCUUUAAGACAGCUAAAGUGCUGCAUAAAUAACCAGGUUCCAAGAGAGGGUUUCCUUUUCUUUUUAAUAUAUCACUACUUAUCUAUUCCUGCAUGCAAAGGACACUCAAACCAAUUCAAAUUUACAAAUUUAACAGAAGCACAUCGCUGCACUAGCUUUAGAUUCAUAUAUCAUUCUGAACAACAAGGAACUGAACUAAAACAGAAACCUCAAAGAGUGUCAUAAUUAGGGCAUAACAGACCUUAAUUUUCCUUUUUUUGUAAGUCUUAAGACCAGAGGUUAAACCCACAUACAGUACCACAUCUGUAAGGCAGGAAAUCCAGAACUUGCAUAAAUAGUUACUUUUAAAAUGGUGCUGUCAAUGGGACUUAUUUCACCUGCUCUUUGCUGCUGUGAGAUAACGUGUAUCUUUGCAUUACACAUGGGGAAUAUAGACCCCAAAAAAGAACAAAUAACAAGAGAUUGUACAUUCCCAGAUUUGACACUAUACAGCUGUGAAACCAAUGCUGACACGGACACCACAGAUGAAACAGAAUGAUCUACAUCUCUGAUGUUUUAGAUCUAUCAAGCCAGACAUUUAAACAGAAGUCUGAUUAGGAGCUGCUCCCACAUCCCGAAUUACUUCAAGUCAUACAUCAAAAAGCCAAACUCCAGUUAAGACAGAUACACCCCGUUCUCCCACUGCAGAUCUUUCCAUUGCUGUACUACUGUAUUUACUUUUGGCUUUUUAUACACACCUUCCAACUCAUUCAGCAAAUGAGGUAAGAUCAUCUUCAAACAUUUAGUCAGAGACUGAAGGUGAGAAGCCGAAGGGAAAAAAGUUUAAUUAGAGACAACUACGUCCAUGAAAAUUAAGAUUAACUAGACAUUUCUAGAGCGCUUUGACAGACUAGUAAGGGGCUUUAUUUCUCAAAAGUGUGUGGUGGAGAACCAAAUACCAUUUCUCUGUUGUACGAAACAUGAGACAUUGAUCCUUGUCCCUUAAGGGCAAAGACAGACACCUUGUUCUGUUAACAGUUGACAGAUAGACACAAGUUACCUUACUUUGUGAAAGAAGAGGUACUAGUAAUUCUUCACCCCCACGUUCCUACUACUCUUGCAAAGGUCAUUCACUUUAGGCCUGAGCACAGCCUUAGUGCACACAAACGAUACUUUGUUCCUGUCCCAAAGCAAGCUCUGGUCAGUAGAUGUAAUAAAAAGACUGACCUCAAAAAGACUUUUCUGAAAUAAGCACCUGAACUACUAAAGUCCAUGAAUCUUGGCGGUCUGCUCGGAACUCAGACAAAUCUGGCAAGAGGUAUACAAUGCCCUUUUCAAUUCAAAGUGCACAUAGCUAAAGGACUAAUACUUAAAUU